AUGAAUUCAUCCGAAAGUGCCCAGCUCCUUGAACAGCACUUCAACGACGCCCACAAGAACUUCACGGCCACUUUAAAGAGCAUCAUACACACCCUGCAACACGAUGGCUUCACCAUGGAGAAUUGUUGGGAAGUCUGCGACCAACUCGAUCUUCUUGAUUCUCUACUAGGUGAUAUGCAGGAGCUUGGCCCGGAGAUGGCCUUGGAAACUCCAUAUCGGCUCGUCUUGCACGGAUUACCUAGACGCUACUUCCUGGACUGUAAAUUCCAGUUUGAUUGUCUUGGUGUUCAGUCCGGCCUGGAUGAUAUUCGCGGUAUUUUGGCCGAGUGCUUUUAUGAUGACUGUGCUGAGCUUGCCUGUGUUGGGUUGGAAAGUCUCCUCGCUAGGCUUCCAUUCUAG